CUGGUCGUUAGACACCCACCACCAACGGUACAGACAGCACACCUCUCCUGACCAAUAAUGUGACAAAAGAAAACAUCCGGUGUAGAUCAAAUGUUUCGCUUCUUUUGACUCAACUGACGCACGCGCGCACACCCCGGCAGGCUCCAUCCAGCAGGCUAUCCGUGGCGCUACCUGGUGUGACAUGCGGCAAUGUCCCGUGGAAUAUGCCCACGCGUGAACUCUCGCGGACCUUUUUGGAUUUUGCCGGCGGUCUUAUUGGCGGCCAGCGCGCUCGACGCGGGCGCCUACAGCUGUCAUGAGGUGAGAACCGCCUUUCAGCUGAGGCAGGUCGGACCGCUGCACAGGGUACCGGAGACACCUGGCACAGAUGUGGAUCUCUUGGUCUGCAAGCACCAGGGUCCAUCUUGCUGCACCCGGAAGAUGGAGGAAAGCUACCAGUUUGCAGUGAAGCGGGAAACCCUCCACAACAUUUACUCAUACAGCUACGAGCUGAAGCACCUGAUCUCGAGCCACUCGGAUGCCUUCCAGGACAUGUUCCAGUACUUGCUAUCGUUCUCUCAAGGACACCUGAGUUCUCUGCUGGAAGGGACCUACGAACCUCUUUCCCGUCAAGCAUUGCCCCACGUGAACCAACUCUUCGCCUCAUUCUCCCUUUACCUCCGAGGGGCCAACGUCUCUGUGGGGGCGACUGUCCACACUUUUUUCAAUGACCUCUUCCCACUUGUCUACACAAGACUUAUCAAUCCAGGCAUUGUGAGCAGCAUGGCAGUGGGCCCUGAAAUGACCGACUGCCUCCGAAUGAUCAGGCAGGACGUCAACCCCUUUGGGAAUCAUCCUUCCGUCAUGGCCCAGGAGCUAGCUGAGGCAAUUAGCGUCGGUCGACAUCUGGGCCUGGCCCUCGAGGAAGGCCUGGAUGUGCUGAACGCCACGGAACAUGUCACUUUGAGCAAAGAGUGUAUGAAAGGCCUGGUGAAGAUGGUGUAUUGUUCCCACUGCAGAGGGUUGACUCUGAUUAAACCCUGCGUGGGUUACUGUCUCAAUGUUAUGCGUGGCUGCUUGGCCAGCAUAUCUGAACUGGAUCAACCUUGGAGGAGGUAUACCAACUUGCUGGAGCAGCUAACCCACAGCAUGGUGGGCCACCACAGCCUCGAGCUCGCACUGCUCGGAAUUCGGGCUCACGUCAACGAGGCCUUGCUCUAUGCACAGCUUCACGGUCCACUCAUCACAGCCACAGUAGACAAGGUGUGUGGCCUGUCGACCAGGGCGCCUACCGGCAUGCAGCCGACCAGCCCGGAGGUCACAACCUCCAGCCUGACCUCAUCAACUCCAUUUCCUUCAGCUGCCCCUUUGAAACCUCUGCCAGAGCAGUGGCUUGGGCAACUCGCACAUUUGAGGAGCUCGCCCCCACUGAAACCCUCCAAGAGCAAUAAACAUAGUCUGAGAACACUCUCUAGGGAGUUCCUGAUGUACCUACAGCGCUACAAGUCCUUCUAUGCUGCCUUGCCAGAGAUGCUUUGUGAGGGGGAGAAUGUGGUGGAUGAGGCCACAUGCUGGAGUGGAGAUGGUGUGGUGGAGAGUUACACCGGCAGAGUGGUAGGGAAUGGACUGCAUGCUCAGAGGCAAAACCCUGAGGUCAAAGUGCGUAUCCCAAACACUGCACUCGCCGAAGUUAAGAAGAGAUUGGAAACCUUCAACCAGGAAACCCAGGAGAGAUUUCCAAAUCUGGGCCAGGUGGAGACGUGGGAGGAGCUGGGUAGUGGGGAAACAGAGGGCAGCGCCACAGAUUGUGAUGACGAAGAUGGAUGUCAAGCCUCGGGAGACGGUCAAGACAAGACCUCACAUACAAAAGUCUCCAGUGAAGUGGCAUCCGUCGGGCCUGGAUCAGAUGGUACCAAGCAGAACGCAGCCAAGCCCCCUUCUGUCCGGGUCAUAGGGGGCUCACCUUCUUCCAACUGGCCAGGACCCUGCAGCCUUGCACUGCUCUUUGCUGCACUUUUCUCACAAUGGACUCUUUUCUGAUGUGACUGUUGUUUAAGGAACUGCAUACGUGCACACUUGACUUUCACAUCACAUAUACAAUCUUCCCUCUCGUUGGAUCGCGGGAAGAAAAGAAAGACUGUAAGAUUCUUGUUCUGGAGCACACACUCGUCACCAUGUGUGUGUUUGCUCAAGCCGAUCCCAUGCACACACAUCUCCAAACAAAAUCCCCGCUGCUUCCUGUAAGGCUGUUCUCUGCAUAAAUGGGCCGGACAUGCGUGCGUACACAUACCAACACAGCCCCGUGCCGCUUCAAUCUCAAAGACACACCCAUGUGAUCUUACCAAGGCUUACACAUAUGCCAAUUUACAUUACGCUUUUGUUGUUUCAUUUUUUCCUGGAACUUCUUCCACCCAUGCAGAGUAGCUCAUUUGAAAACAUAUUUCCUGUCUGUAGAUUAUGGAAUGCAUGAUAGAUUGAUAAAUCAUUUGCAGGCGUCUGACCCGGAUGAACAGAACGACUGACUGUGUACCUUGGCUCCCAUUUAGAAUGUAACGUGUGUGCAGGUGAGCACCCCUCACACACAUGAAACUCGGUGUGUAUAGUAAGUAAGUGUAUAUAGUUUGGAAUGAUUUGAUGGUGCGUAUGACAUUCAGAGUUGAACGGGUUGUGCUUGUUUGCUCUGAACAUACAGGGAUUUCAUUUCUAUGCAAGUAAAGCAGCGACUUACAUGAAGAGGGCAAAAACAAAGAAGCCAGUAGGAUAUUGAUUUUAUGAAUGAUUAGCGUGCAUCCUGUGUUGUGUGUUUGCUUGUGGAACUGCACAUUAAUGCAUGUUGUCAAAAAUGUCCACAGUGUCAAAAAUACAUACCUUUUACGCGAUUUAGCCAAAUAACCAAGGAUCUUACAUACGUACUGUACUUUCUGGACUAUAUGUCGCAUCAGUCCAAAAAUGUGAUAUGAAGAAUAUGAGUCACACUGGUCUAUGUCACAGAAAUUUAUUUCACAAAAUUCAAGACCAAGAUCAGAUAUUUCAUCUGCAAAGGCAAGUUAUUCAGCUGCACAACAGCACACGGAACAAUGGCUGAAUAUGUGUCCCUAAUGAGCAGUUAUUCAACCUCACAACGACAUAAAGAACAUACCUGGGAGACUGAAUAGGCUAAAUCGGGGAGUCAGUUUUUUUAUUGGCCGGCUCAUUCUACAAAUAUAACAAGACAAUGUCAUUUUAGUAGCAAAAACUUGAAAUAUUAAAGAAAAAAGACAUUUUUUUAAGUUGUAAUAUGAGAAAUAGCAAUACAACCAAUAAAGUUGUAAUUUUUGAAAAAUUAGUUUGUGGAAAAACUUACAUUGUUAUGAAAAUAAAGUCAAAACAUUAAUGGCAAUAAAGUCAUAAUUACGAGAGGAACUUUUACAAGAACAAACUUGAAAUAGUUGGGAAAUAAUAAAAAAAAAACAGCAGAAAUUUUAAAAGAAUAAAGUCAAAAUGUUAAGAGAUGUUGGAAUCAAACGAUAAAAAAGUCACAAUUUUACAAGAAUUAGCUCCUAAUAUCAUGUAGAGUUGAAAUAUUAAAGAAAAAAUAUAUAUUUUUUAAGUUGUAACAUUAUGAGUGACAAGAAUUUUUGGGAAAAUUUGGUUGGGGAAUAGUUAUAAUAUUAUGGGAAUAAAGUCAUAAUAUGACAAGAAGAAAAUUUAUGAAAAUUAUGUCAGAAGACAGUUGAAGUUUUUGGAAAUUAAAAAAAAAACUGCAAAAAUGGAGAAACCAGCAAAGACCAAAUAUGCUUUUUCACAUCACAAAGCUGAGAUGCAGUAUUUCUUAAUAUACAUAUAAUUUCUUAGCAUAUCUACAUGUGUUCAUUGACAAAAUAAAGUUUAGUUUGGGGCUAAAUCAACAUAACAAACCAGUGAGUCCAACAAGCAAAUUACUGGCAAUCAAGUUCACCAAGCUCCCGAUCUCAUUCUAUAUCACUGAAUGGCAGGCUAGAGUGCCCUCUGCACGCUUUGGUUCAUGUCAGUUCAUAUGAAUUAACGUUUAAAUACAUGUUAAAUUCUAUAUAUAUUUUAACAUAUAAGUCGCACCGGACUAUAAACCACAGGACCAGCCAAACUAUGAAAAAAGUGCAACUUAUAGUCCGGAAAAUACGGUAUGCUUGUUCGAUUCAGUACAGUGCGAUAGCCCUUCUUAAUGACAUCAUUGUGUAUUUCUUCCUUCCUUUCCAAAAAUGUUUCUUUCAAGCAUUAGUCACGAUAACAGUAAUGUGCCCCCCGCCCACUCUAAUGCCAAACGUUCCUUGCAAAUCCAACAGCUUAUGAGUAAAUCCUUAUUUGUCUCCAUGCAGAAGAAACCCAACAAGCAAGCUGUGUUCCGUAUAAAAUGCACCCAUUACUGUAUGCUGUCUUUUGUUAAUGGUUGGAAUGGAAGGUACCUUAAUGAAUGUAUGGGCUGUGCGACUAGUGCCUAGUUUCAGUAUCCAAGCUGGCAAUGCUUAAAAGAUGCGCAUAUGCAACAUUUCAGCUCCAUUAAAAUGAUGUUUUAGACACUUUUUUGUUUUAUUUCAAUUCAAAUAUGUUCUGUGAUAUGGCAAUAACGGUCAAUGAAGCAUGGGGAGCAUUAGGCCUAUGAUGAUAAUUGGACAGGUGCUAAAUUAUACUCAUAUUUGCUUAAAUCAUUUCUUAUCUCCUGUAGGUCACUCCCCAACUGUCGCAUGUGUAUAAAUGUACAUAUUUAAGUAACUGGUCUUGACUUGUUUCUUAUUGCCUGUCUCUUUUGUGUGGGCCUGUUACAGUGCAGUUGAAAGUGCCCUUUUGGAAGCAACUGCGUGGUUACAUAUAUUGCCGGUAGGUCAAUGCACCUUAAAUCUAAAGCGGUUUACCCCAAGAACAUGCAAACGUCUA